UGGAGGUAAACGUUUGCAGAGAUGGACACGAUAAGCAGGAGAGGCACUGUUUGGCAGCCAGGUACCAUUCCCAGAAGCCUCGCCUGAUAUUGGGAAGUAGCGAGGUAGGUCAAUCGCUACAGCAUCAGUUCCCAGUUCUAUCUUAUCCAAACACAUUAGACUACUUCACAGUCUCGAUUUUCACCACCACUAUUAUGUACUAUCAUGGGUAGAAGAGGCCCCGUGAUGGGUCGAAAUUUGCGUGGGAACUCAGGCCAAAUCAACAACCAUCAUGAUCUCUCGGCCCAGUUACUUUCCCCCGUCCUCCCAAAGACAAAACGCAAAUAUGAACGAAUCUCCCCGCUUCAGGUUUGGUCGCUCACUUUGACCGCGGAAGCCCGUCCUUCCUCCUGGUCCAUGUCGGAGCUCUGGGUAGCUUUAUAACGCCUCGAAAGGCUCUGUGAGAGCAAGGGUCUCCCAAUGCAGAAAAAGACCGGAAGAACCGGAACUACUGCCCUCAUACACCCCCUCCGGGUAGACAGACAUGACAGCCAUGACAUACUCGACUUAUGUUUCGUC